AUGGAGGCGAGGCAGCAUGCCGGCGGCGGCGCGGCCCCGUGCGCCAACGGCUGCGGGUUCUUCGGCGACGGCGCGGCCACAAACGAUCUCUGCUCCAACUGCUACAAGGAACGGCAGCAGCUGCUGGACCUCAUGGCCUUUGACGCCGCCGUCAUGUCCGGCCUCAGGUCGCUGAAGCUGGCGAAAGCUGGAGGCGAGAAGACGCCCGAGAAGACGGCGGGGGCUACGAAGAACCGAUGCAAUGCGUGCCAGCAAAAGGUGGGCCUGCUGGGAUUUGUGUGCCGGUGGUGGGCCACGGCCACCUGCUGCGGCGCGCACCGCCAUGCCGACGCACACGUCUGCUUCUUCGACUACAUGGCAGCCGGCCGCGAGCAGGUCACGCGCAAGAACCCGCUUCUCGUCGCGCCCAAGAUGUCCAGGAUUUCUUGUUUUUAA